AUGCACAAGUGGUGGGCCGAGGGAUAUUUCGCGCUCAAGUGUUUGGACAUCACACCUGUGACGCCAGGCAGGUCCACUGUUUCCAUUCAAUCUCAUUGGAUGCCCGAGCAACUGCGGGUCGCCCGAAAGCCGCGGGACAGCACGAAGGCCGCCGCUCAGCGAAGCAUCUGGGAGGAAGAAAUUAUGCUGGAUCAGGGACAAGGCGAGACCUGGCUGGUCGAAUGGGGAAACAGGCCCCGGUUUGGAGGACCUAGAGUUUUUGCUCCGGGCGGCUUGCACGCUCACGGUAUUGUUGCAGCUGCUGACCCUUGCACUAACCGCCCUCUCCAGACUGGGCGGGUAUUUAGCACUGGCGCCAUGUCGGAAGAUGAGGCCGGGAAAAUGAGAGCGAUGCUGGAUAUCCAGUGGGCGUGUAUCCAGAUAGCGUGCAUGUCUGGCGCAGCGGGAUCGCCCGACUUCCUCAUCGACUCUGACGACGACGACGACGACGACGACGGUGGACCUGUUGCAUCGCCGACGCCUUCUGUCGCCCGGCUGGAGGUGGAAGACUAG